GAUCGCAGUCAGGCAAUCUCCUCCGUGGCUCAGAAGGGCCUCCAGGACAUCCUGCGAGAGGAGGAUGUCCUCUACGACCUGCAGGCAGACCUGGUAGCAGUGGAGGAGCUGACCGAGGCAGCUCGCCGCUUUCGAGGCGAGGGUGCAAAGCUGGGAGAGGUGGUGCUGCAAUCCAUGAAGGCGGCUUCUGACCGGGCAGAGGUCAUGGCCAGCACAGCGGAGAUCUUGCACAGUGCGCACGAGGAGUGCCGCAAGGAGCUGCGAGACGAGGAGAAGAAGCUGACGCGGAAGAAGGAGGCCGCACAUCUCCAAAGCAGUGGCAUCGGUGACUUCCUGGCGCGGUACAGCCGCUGUCUGGGGCUGGACAUCGAGCGGGUCACAACGCAGACAGUCCGGCUGACCUUCACACUCAUCAUCCAGGACGAUCCUGGCCGCGAGUUUUCCCUUAUCUUGGGCCUUGGCAAGGAGGCCUCAGCGUAG